AUGCCACAAGUCACUAAAACCAAUAAUGAAAAUGAGUUUAGACUUACUAGAUCAAAAGCACAGCAUCAAGAGUCGAUAACUACCAAUAAGAAUACAACUAUAUCCAACCCUCAGCAUGAACAACCAUCACAACAGCAAGUUUCAUCUCCACCUCAUAUCUCCGUAACAUCAUCUGAAGGAGUUUCUCAUGUCAAUACACGUCAGUAUUUGGGCGAUGUUUCAAAUCAAUACAUAACAAACACCAAACCAGCUACUAAAAGAAAACCAUUGGGUGGAGACAAUGCACCACUACAAAAACAGCAACACCGGCCAUCUAGACCAAUACCCAUUGCCAGUGAUAACAACAAUAAUGCCAGCAGUAGCAGUAGCAGUAGCAGUGGCAGUGGCAGUAAUAAUGACGCCAAUAGACUAGCUUCUUUGGCAGUUCCAUCUCGAUUACCACAGAAACGACAAGCUACAGAGUCGUCAACUAAUUUGGUUGAGAAAUUAAGAGUAUCACAGCCUGAGAUAGGGGAAAGAAGUCAGUCAUACCAUAAGAAAUCACGUUUAAUUGAUUAUGAAUGGCAGGAUUUAGACGAAGAAGAUAGUGAUGAUCAAUUAAUGGUUAGUGAAUACGUUAACGAAAUAUUUUCAUAUUAUUACGAAUUAGAAACACGAAUGUUACCUGAUCUGCAAUAUCUUUUUAAACAAACCUUGUUAAAACCAAGAAUGAGAUCGAUAUUGGUUGAUUGGCUUGUUGAAAUGCAUUUAAAAUUCAAAUUAUUGCCCGAAUCACUUUUUUUGGCGGUCAAUGUAAUGGAUAGAUUCAUGUCUGUUGAAGUGGUUCAAAUAGAUAAAUUACAAUUGUUGGCUACGGCAGCUUUAUUCACUGCAGCCAAAUAUGAAGAAGUGUUCUCUCCCCUGGUUAAAAAUUAUGCAUAUUUCACUGAUGGUUCAUAUACUCCGGAAGAAGUUGUACAGGCAGAAAAGUAUAUGCUUACAAUUCUUGACUUUGAUUUGAAUUAUCCUAAUCCAAUGAAUUUCUUGAGACGAAUUUCAAAAGCUGAUGAUUAUGAUGUUCAAUCAAGAACACUAGGGAAAUAUCUUUUGGAAAUCACUAUAGUGGAUUACAAAUUUAUUGGUAUGAGACCAUCUUUGUGUUGUGCACUGGCCAUGUAUUUAGCAAGACUAAUAUUGGGCAAGUUGCCUGUUUGGAAUGGAAAUUUGAUUCAUUAUAGUGGUGGGUAUAGAAUCAGUGAUAUGAGAGAAUGUAUUGAAUUAAUGUUUCAAUAUCUUAUUGCUCCAAUAGAACAUGAUGAAUUCUUUAAAAAAUAUGCAAUGAGAAAAUUCAUGAGAGCUAGUACUCUUUGUCGAAACUGGGCUAAGAAAUUCCAAGCAGCUGGAAGAGAUUUAUUUGAUGAACGAUUGUCGACUCAUAGGCUAACUUUAGAAGAUGACGACGAAGAAAGAGAAGAAGCGUAA